AUGACAUUUAUCUAAUCGGUUCCUCGCAACAAGGUCGAGCCGGAGGAGUGUGAGACUUGACACUUGUCGGUGGCGAUGAGUUUCGCCUCAUGUCAGAAACGUGGCUCGGCGUCCGACGUGCCGUGAAUUUCAGGCGGUUUCCUCGUAUCUGUGCCGUAUCUAAAUGUUGUCGCGGGGUCCACCGGCCGCUUCGCUGUUACUGAGUUGUUAGGAGCUCAGCCAGCUGCGGCGGAGGAGGCUAGCUGAGCUCGGUUACCUGCUAAGGAUGAGCUCCACACCGAAUCACCGUGACGCUACAGAGACAGCAGGGCAGCCCAGAAAACACGUCUCCGCUGUCUCCGUCGCCGGACACGUCCAGCAGGUCUUCAGCCAUGUGAAAGUAGAAAACCUGGUGGCGGGACUGAGCGGCGGUGUGGUGUCCACUCUGCUGCUUCACCCGCUGGACCUGGUGAAGACCAGGUUUGCAGUGAGUGACGGACUGGAGUUGAGGCCCAAGUACAGCGGUAUUCUUCACUGUAUGAAGAGUGUGUGGCAUCAGGAGGGAGUGAGGGGUCUGUACCAAGGGGUGACCCCCAACAUCUGGGGCGCGGGCUUGUCCUGGGGCCUCUACUUCUUCUUCUACAAUGCAAUCAAAGGCUACACUAAGGAAGGCCGUCAGGCUGAACUGAGCCCAGCAGAGCACCUGGUUUCGGCGGCUGAAGCAGGCAUCCUCACUCUCACCAUAACCAACCCGAUCUGGGUCACCAAGACCCGACUGGUUCUGCAGUACAGCUCCGACCCCACCAGUAAGCAGUACAAGGGGAUGGUGGACGCCCUGGUUAAGAUCUACCGCCACGAGGGCCUGCCAGGACUUUACAAAGGUUACGUUCCGGGCCUGUUCGGUACGUCUCACGGAGCCCUGCAGUUCAUGGCCUACGAAGAGCUCAAGAGAGACUACAACAAAUACAAGAAGGUGCCUUCAGAUGCAAAGUUGGAUGCUCUGGAAUACGUCACAAUGGCAGCGCUGUCCAAAAUAUUCGCCGUCGCCACGACGUACCCGUAUCAGGUGGUGAGAGCUCGGCUCCAAGACCAGCACAACAGAUACGGCGGGGUCGUGGACGUCAUCGGACGGACAUGGAGGUACGGAUCUGCCGGCACCGGUCGAUUGGACCCGGCUUCCUUUUCACGCUCAUUAUUCCCCUCCCCCCCGCAGAAACGAAGGAGCUUCGGGCUUCUACAAAGGCGUCGUCCCAAAUUUGAUCCGCGUCACGCCGGCCUGCUGCAUCACUUUUGUGGUUUAUGAGAACGUGUCCCGCUUCCUUCUGGGGACAAAAUGAGAGAGACAGAGAGGACCCGGCAUGGACAGCCACACGGGGCGUCAAGCUCCGGCUGAAACGUUGGAGACGAAGAGGGGAGCGUGUUUUCCCCCCCAGAGGCUUUCCUUAAGUACAUGGAGAUGCGUAGAAGUGAGAGGAAAAAAAGUCGAAGCUUCAAAUCAACUAACUCAUUUUCGGUCAAACAUAUUGGAGGCGGAUUGGGGCCACUGAAGUAAAAGAAUUCUGACUUUAAUCUCAGAACUUUGGCUUUUUUUUUCUUAGAAUUUUGGAAAAUAAUUUCUCGUAAUUUAGAUUUUUUUUUUUUCUCUCCCAGAAUUUUGACUUUUUUUUUCUCAAAAUUCUGACUUUUGAAUUUAGAAGAUUAAAGUCGGAAUUCUGAGAGGAAAAAUGAAAUCUGAAUUGUGAGAUUAAAGUCAAAAUUCUGACUUUUGAACUCAGAUGAUGAAAGCUGGAAUUCUAAAGAAACGUCAGAUUUUUCAGAGAAAAGUCAAAAAUCCUGAAAUUUAAUCCUGAAUUCUGAGUCACAUUUUUUUUCCAGUGGCCUCAAUCCUCUUCUGUGAAAACAUGACGGGAAUACGCGUCCGCUUUAAACGCACAGUUAGUUCGUGGGGAUGUGUUGCUUCAGUUUGUCCCUUUGGAAAUGAUAUGAAUGUGAUACGGUAACUAUUAUUUUCAAACAUGAGGGGCAUAGUGUAACGAUGUGUGGUGAGUGCAGCAUUCUACCACAGAGGGAGUUUUGUUUAUGUUUUCUGGCAACAGAAAGACGAAAAACAAAAGUGUAUUUUUAAAGCUUGAUCAUCAGCAUCAAGAUCUCAGGUCUCCAGUUUUACCUUCAUUAUCAAUUAUCCAUGCAUGAACUGCAGCAUUGAUGAUGCUUCUUCCAUAAAGUCAUUUUUUCCUCAUUACACAAACUUAAGUGUGUUGUUUUAUGGCAUUUUGUUAUGAAAUGUGAAGUGCUUUAUUAGUGUGUGAACACAAUAAAUGUUUUAUUUUUGACCUAUUUUA